AUGCAUUCUGCUGGUCCUUCUCUCCCCAUAUUCGCUGAUGUGGAGCCCGCGGCAGAAGUCCACUGGUGGACCGAACCCAUGCGCCCUGGCUCCGCAGACAUCACAUCUAGUGCAAUCCUCCCGACCUUCGACGCCUACGCUGACUGGCCUCGCGGCAUGUUCGACCAAGCCGAUUUCAGGCGGUCGGCAACUCCCCCAGACAUCAUUGACAUGGGCGCACUUCGAAACACUAUACCCCCGCCGGUAAUGUUUCCUGUACCGUCAUCCUCGCCACCCCCCUACCUCGACACACUCGCGUUCUCAUCAUACACCGGGACGAGCUCCGGGCGGAUGAUGCAACAGCAUCUGGGAGAUGCUGUUGCAACUUCUGCUUCAGGUGGAAUGAGCACGCGAGCGAGCGGAUACUCGUCGCUCACCGACUGGGCUGGCGCCACCACCACGGCCGUGCCCGCUGGACCCGAGCUCACUCGGCCUGCACCCACUCAGCCCGCACCCCCUCAGGCUGUCAUCACGGCUGUUUCGGAAGGCAGCGCCCCUGUUGCGCGAAAACCGCCACCCACCCCGCGUAAACGGCAGAGCACCGAAAAGAAGUUCCCCUGCCCGUAUCAUGAGUGCGCAUUCGUCUCUGCGCGCGAAUAUAACCUCAAGGACCACAUCCGCACCGUCCACCUUGGCGAGCGGCCCUUUCCGUGCCCCGACUGCCCGGAGGCGUUCAAGAAGAAGCACGACAUGCAGCGUCAUUAUCAGUCGUUUCAUACGGACUUGGGCUCGCCCCGCAACAACGUUCCGCGCAGGAGGUGA